AUGACAGGAGUCAUUUCGAAAUUGAGCAAGGGCAUUGAUUGUGCCUCAAUGGGCCACUCUUCACGGGGUGGAUUGUGGGCUUCACUGGAGAAAUUCAGCACGAAUGUUGUGGAGGUGCAAAGGUUGGUAGAGUCAUUUGCAGGCUGUGACUCUGCACCAAUUCUUAGAAAGUUUCGCGAUACGGUCGAAGUUGGAGCCAUCACCUGUAUAGGGUCAUUGGUUAAUAGAACUGUUGACUUUGAACAGUCCAGGUUACGGGAGCGCUACUCUAUACAGACUGGAUUUGACGCUGACCUUGAUCGUCUGAAAAGGCGAUAUGACGGCAUGGAAAGUUUCUUGACCGAAGUUGUCAACAACAUCAUAGCAAACUCUGCCUCAUGGGCUCGACAGUAUAUCAAAUCCUGCAUAUUCCUACCCCAGCUUGGGUUUUUGCUGGUAGUCGACCUCGAUGAGUCGACUGGAGACGGAAAGUACUGUGGUGAAGGGCAAUCGCAUGAUUUGUGGGAAAAGAUAUUCACUGCGGAUGAUUCAGUCUGUUACAAAACGAAACAAAUGAGAGAGCUUGACGAAGCCUAUGGUGAUAUUUAUUGCCAAAUAGGAGAGAAGUUGAGAUUUUGCACAAAUUGGCCUCGAGUGUUUUAG